UGCAUUUGAUUUAAUUCGACGUGCUCCACUGAGAUUAUUUAAUUUGCAUACAGUUGCUAAGAAACCGUUUCUAUGGAAAACUAACAACGAAGUCAUUCUGCGAGCUGCGCAGGUCUGCAAGUGGACAGUUAGUUUUGCUAAACAGGGAACUCAUUUUGUCAAGAUAGAGCAUCGAACGACAUGAAUAAGUCUUAUCCAGCAGCAAGCAUUUAUAACCUCAUUCCCCAGGAAGAGCUUAAAACGGAGAAGCCACCAAGAUAUAUCUCAAAGUUCAAAGACCAAGUGAAACAGGAGGCUCAGCUAAAUAAAGGCAUAAAUAAGACGAUGGGCCCAGCUAAAGUGGAAGUACCGACACCAAAGAGGUUUCUGCUCAAGCACUGCAAUGAGCCAAAACUCCCCGAAAAUGUGGCAGAAAAACCAAUUAGUUACAUGGCUUGUGGUAAACAAAGAAAGCCACCGGUUCCUCUCAAAGAUGAGAACCCACUGAAGAGCGUUCAGAGAAGCAGUAAGGACUUCGUCAAGAGCAAUGCCAUUGAAAACAUUAUGGCGAUGCCGAAGAAGCCACAACCCAUCUAUGCUGACACGAGAAAUGGCGAUAAACACCGUCUAGAAUCCUCAGGCCUUGUUCCGAAAUACAUAAAGAAAAAGGAUUAUGGGCAGACCCCAGAGUACCUGCAGCAGCGCAAAGAGGAGGCGAGGAGGGCCCAGGAGGAGUAUGACAGCUAUGUCAAAGAGCAUCUACAACAGAGAGCUAUGAAGCAGCUAUCUGAAGAGGAGCGUCAAACCAUUCUCCAGGGGCUGAAGGAGAACUGGGGAGAACUGCACCACCAGUUCCAGGGCCUGUCCGUUAUCACAGACACCCUCCCCAAGAGGAUGAGGAAGGAGAGGCUUGAGAUGGAGAUGAAGCAGCUGGAGAGAGAUAUCGAGCUCAUUGAGAGACACAAAACAAUAUACGUUGCAAACAAUUGAGAACUAGAAAACCGUGGCUCUGCUUUGCUACUUCUGAAAUCAUGUUGCAUGCUUUUUAUCCUUGACCUUCGCUGAUCCACGGAUCGUUUUUAGAAUUUUUUUUUUCCCCAAAAACAAAUAACAGCCAGUGUACUGGAGUUAAGGAGUUUUUACUAGUAUCUGUUGAAGCUUUUUCCUUCAUUCAUAAUUUAAUUCCCCUGGGAGUUACAUUUUCUUGAACAUCUAACACACACACACACACACACACACACACACACACACACACA